AUGAAGGUCAGGAGGUCAAUUCUUCCUACAAUCAUCGUUUUAUCGGAUGUAACUGGGAACUACCCCAUCACUGGUGGAAUAGCAUAUCUCGUGGAAGGAGUUGAUCGCGAGUUCAGGUGCAUGGUGCCCGAAAUAGACCCAGGGGCCUCAUUUAUUUGGACGGUGGGAAGUCAGGUGAUCGGUCCAGAUUACAACACAAAUGUUACUGAUGCCAAUGAGUUGUUUAACAGUACAAGUGUCAUAACCAUAUCGGCAACAGGGUAUAACCACGGUGAAUUGCUGAAAUGUAAAGCUUGGAAUGUGCUCAACCAACCUAGCACCAGUGUCAGCGUGUUGUUGGAUGUCAAAGUUCCACCAAAGGUGUCCUCCAUGACCAUGUAUGACUCAAGUGGAGCAAGAAUACAUACCAUCACCAAAGUGAAACGCAUCACCCCGCAAACAUUCACAUGCGAGGUACAGGGUACAAGACCAGCCGCAACCAUCGAGUGGUUUCUUGACGGCGAGUCGCAGCGCACUGCUAGUGCUCCCUCUGGAGGAGGUGAUGGAUUAGUCAACACGACCGACACGUGGUCAUUCACUCUAGGAAGGGUCAAUCACAGUCAGCAGGUGAAGUGUGUGGCAAGUACGGCAGAGUCACGACGACCGUUUCCCUUUGUAGCCGUGACCCUAGAUGUCCUGGUUCCUCCGGAAACCAUCCUCCUGUUCGACUCGACAACAAACGACACAUCCUCGAGUGAAGUUUCUUACGUGGUGGCUGGUGUUGGCCACCAGUUUACCUGUGAAGUCCCACACAUUAAUCCAGGUGUUUCUUUCCUGUGGACACUGGGUGGGCAGGAGGUCACACCAGAUCGAAACAUUCAUAUUACCGGUGAAGAUGGACUGACCACGAGUACAAGUAUUACUACUGUUACCACCACUGAAAGCAACCACGGUGACACGCUGCAGUGCCGUGCUUCGAAUGAAGAUGGCAAUCCAGGAAUUGCAGUUACCGUUACUAUCGACGUCAAAGUUCCUCCUGUAGCAUCGCGCAUGUCAUUCUUCGAUUCCGCCGGAAUCCGGCUACAGUCUACGGUUGAAAUCGACGAAGGCACAGUGCAAAAUUUGACCUGCAUGGUAGAGGGCACCAGACCAGCAGCAACCAUCUACUGGUUUGUAGGAGAUGACCCUCAUGGUUGUGUCAGUCCAAAGUCUACAGCAGGUGACGAUUUAGUGAAUACCUCUGCUACUUUUACGAUCAUCCCUAGCCGGGUUCACCAUGGCCAGGAGUUGAAAUGCGUAGCCAACACACCCGAUUCACAGCAGCCGUUCCCGUCGGUGGCUAUUACACUUGACAUCAACGCACCUCCAACUGGUCUUACCAUGCUGGACUCAGCCGGCAGCUACCCCUCAUCUGGCGGUGUAGCAUACCUUGUAGAAGGACAGCCUCAUCAGUUCACAUGCAGUGCUCUUGACAUUGACGCGGAUGCGUCGUUCACUUGGAGGCUGGGUGGCCAGGAAAUUGCGGGCAACAGCAGCAGCGCUGCCGAGAGCUCAUCCGGUAGUUGGAGCAACCGAACAAGCAGCGUAACGAUGCUGCCUACAGAGAGCCAUCAUGGACAGAUAAUACGGUGUGAGGUGUCGAGUGAAAACAGUCCAGUGGAUAUUAGUACCAGCGUUAUGCUCCAUGUUAAAGUACUACCCAAGGUUUCGUCCAUGGUAUUGUCAGAUGCUGGUGGUGUCAGACUGUACGGUGAUGUAGAGGUGAACGAGGGUACACCGACGACGUUUUGGUGUGAGGUUCGGGGUACCAGACCAGCACCAGUUAUUGAAUGGUUUCUAAAUGAUGUCUUGCAAAGAACCAAAAGCCCAUCUUCAGGAGGAAACAGAUUGGUCAAUUCGACCGAUUCGUGGACGCUAACACCGAGCAGAUUCAAUCACAGACAAGAGUUGAAGUGUUUAGCCAGUACGGCAGAUUCAAAACAGCCAUUACCGUUUGUGACAAUUACACUAGAUGUUAAUGGUUCACCGGACUUGCCAAUAAUCAUAGGCAGCCCUUCAAUGAUUGAGAAUAUUUCAACCUUCCUGGAGUGCCAAGCGUCCAUGGGUUUCCCAUCCGACUGGUCGCUGCAUUGGUACAGUGGAGAUGAGCCGUUACCUUCCAACCAGACAGCCUCAGCGCCACAGGACGAUCGGUUUAUGUUCACUUCCUUCCUGAGGUUCACCCCAACGAGAGACAAUAAUGGUGAUACCAUUCGGUGUGUGGCGCACAAGGAGUCUUGGACCAAUACACCGGAAACUUUCUUAGGCCCCCUGGACGUGCAAUUUUGUACAAAGAUGGUCCAUAUCACUGGCUGCCCGCAACGGGUAAUGUCAGGCAGAACUGCUUCCCUCAGCUGCGCGGCCGAGACUGCCAAUCCAUCGACCAACCUGACUUGGCUGAGAGAAGAUGUGGAACAGAUGAGCCAUGCUCUGCCGGUAUUGACGGAUGGAGACUACGGAGGCCAAGUGACGACACUGGACUUCAUAACGGGUGUACUGACAAAGAAAGACAAUGGAGCUCUGUUGAAGUGUUGUGCAACCAGUUCAAUUUGCAGUGAAGUGUGUGGAGAUUGUUCAUUAAAUGUACAAUACCGUCCAUACUUCUCCGAGCCGAUCGCUACCCCACUUCGUCCGGUCGAUGAGGGCGACAACGUCAUUCUGUCCUGCAGCGCAGAAGCCAAUCCCAUGCCUUCUGGCUUCAUCACGUGGGAGAGGGUUGGGUUUCCGGACUCCCUGUCGUCUGUACACGCUCAUGGUACGAGCAUCCUCACGCUACGCAACAUCAGCAAGGACCAGGCUGGAUCAUACAGGUGUCGUGGAAACAACGGCGUACCACCCGUGGUUUAUUCAAGCCAAAUUGACGUAGCUGUUCAUUAUGAAGUAAGCUUCGCGAACAAGAAACCUGACAACCUUGUCAAAGCCAACUUAGGAGAAGAUGCCCUCCUGGUUUGCGUUGUCAAUGGAAACCCCCUCCCCAUCGUUAUAUGGGCUAAUCCACUAGGAGCCUUGAUAACAAACCAGACAGAGCCAGGCCGGAUCUUUCAGGUCGAUACAUUAGUCGGUGGGGAUGACGUAGUUGGUUACACAGUAAAGAGCAUCUUACACUUCCACGGAGUGACUGGUGAAGGAGACUACGGCUUUUACUCCUGUAGUAGUGGGAAUGGCAUGGGCAUGGUCCACACGUUAAGAAUUCAACUGAUCAAAGGAAUUCCAGAAACAACCACAUCCCCAAGUGAUCACUCCGGUGAGAUAGGCUCAACCUCCAUACCACAAGGUGACAUUCAAGUUGCUACAUUCACCACCAGGGCUCAUCAAACCUCAACAUCAACAUUAAUUGCUAGACCAGCAACUGUUUUACCAGCUGUAGAUGGUUCAACUUCAGCGUCACCAGCUGUCCCUUACAAAGCUAACGGUGUUCUGUCGAAAGACAACUUGGGCCUUGUUGCCGCUGUUGUGGUGCUGGUAGUAUUUUUGCUGAUCGUCAGUAUUGUAUUGGCCGUUGUUGUCUACCGUAAAUACAGGACGGCGAACACUGACCUGAGUGUUCGAAAGCCAAUGCUAAAAAAGUACAAACCGAAUAAAGGAAAAUUGGAUGAAGACAGCGUCACAGCAGUGGAGUUGAACGAUUUGGAUCCGGAAGAGGUCGUUACCUCGGUUGCUUGAGAAGCUGAUCGUCACCAGCUUAUAAACUUAAGUCAAAGUCAAAGUUUAAACCUAAACGAGCCGGGGGUGGAAUCCACGGGCCAAAAUAAACUGGCUCUUUUAGGGUCAAAUCCGAGUGAUGGUAUCAUUUUAUUUUCUGUUAACUUUCGUAAUUAAUCACUUUACUUCUAUGCGUACUCCUUGCAAUUUGUUUUUACUUAAACGAUGUAACUAUGAAGUGCAGCUCAACUGUAAAAUGCAAUUUCCGCGGUGCAUCUAGUGAUUUGAAUAAGUUGCUAUCUGGCUUCACGCUCACGCAGUUUGAUAGAAUCAAAUCUGCCAUGACACAAAACCAAUCAAUGUUGAGUUAAUCUGUAAAAUGCCCCAGAGGGGAAGAUGCAGCCGUUAAAUUCGGAUGCAGAACAGAUGCCUUAACCACAGAAAUAUCCCAACCUAACUGCAAAAGCCUAUAAACACGAUUCUCUUAUCAGCUUGAUUACUGAAAAAAAAAAGCAAAUUUGAUCCGUAGGUUCAUGCCAUGCAAGCUUUUUAUUGAAUGAUUACAUGUCUAUAUAUUUUAGAGGCACAUAGUAUGCAACUACACGGAGCAGCUAUACCAAAUUUGAAUGUAAUUCAUAUAUUUUUUACAUCAUAAAUGAGCACCAGAUUAAAAGAUAAACAUAUUACUUGCAAAGUUUAAAAUUGCCAGGUUGAACACAAAAAACUCUGUAACUAAUAGAAACGAUACACCUACGGGAUAAGAAAAAUAUUCUACGAGGUUCAGCGGUACUAGCCCUACUCGACUGCUAAGUCCAAACUGGACUUCGUAACGACUAGGAAAAAUAUAAAUAAAUACAGUUUGCUGCUAUUGUGCAGCCGACUGUUUUUCCCCCACAUGCCAAAAAUUAAAAAGUCUUUACUUCUGUUGAAGCACAAAUUAUUUCAGAUCCACUUAAAAGUUCACCCCUUCCCGUGUUUACUGAUUCUGCGGUAAGCUGAUGGCUACUACGCAUUUAGCUGAGCAACUCGUGUAAUUAAAGGUACUUAUGGUUUACCCUGACGUAAUGCUACUCGUUAAAGGUGCAUGGAAUUCAUCUCCGCCUUACAUAUGCGGCCAAGUAAACAUAAUCUGUAUAAUUUCCCAUGUAUGUUUCGGAAGCCUUAGUUUUAGAGCAAAUACGAAAUAUACUUUAACAAGUGUGGUCGAUUAGAAAUUCAGUACCAUACCUGUUAGCAGUACUCUCUGGGUUUUUUUGUUAAAGGUAAUCGUCGGUAGGAAGGUUGGUACUAAUGUCGGGGUAUAGAGAUAUUUUAGAGUAAACGCAUUUUUGACAAUGUGAGUAUGCCAGACCGAAAUAAACUGAGAUAUAAGGGUAAAUGACUGAUGGUUUAACAGACUCUUAAAUUUAUAGGCGACACCACACAUAGGCUGCAUAAUAGGGACGACACAAUGGUCUAACAACUAGGAACCGACCAUUUCCCGAGUGAAUGUAUUUGUGCUUUCUGAUGACCUUUACCACCUUAGAAAAAUGACCUACAUAAUAUUUACAAUUGUGACGACAUUGUCAAAAUCCUGUAUUAAGUUUUUUAGAAAGUCAAGCAUAAAACUCUGGAAGUCUCUUUAAGAAAGAUAAAGUUCCGAUUCGUUUGUGUCCUAUCGUAAAUAAAUUCAUGUCCUUAGCACUGUAUUGUUCAACCUCACAUGGCAUAGCUGGAGCGGUUUGUGCGACACUGAGUAAUAAAUGAUAUCAUAAAUGUCUAAAAUUCCA